AUGGACAAAGACGAAUACAAUAGCGAUGAUGCUCAGCUGGCCCAGCUGGGCCACAAGUCUGAGCUGAAGCGAAACUUCUCCAUGAUUUCCAUGUUGGGUCUUGCUUUUGCCAUUCUAAAUUCAUGGACCGCUUUGUCGGCAAGUUUGGGACUCAGUUUGUCCUCGGGAGGCAGCGCGAGUGUUGUCUGGGGUCUUAUUACAGCCGGAAUCUGUAAUUUGUGCAUGGCCACUUCCCUGGCCGAGUUUCUUUCUGCAUACCCUACCGCCGGAGGCCAAUAUCAUUGGGUCGCUGUGACUUCAUGGGGAAAAUGGAUGCCAAUUCUUUCCUGGAUUACGGGUUGGAUUAACUGCUCUGGUUGGGUUGCGCUGGUCGCAACUGCUGGCCUCUUGGGCAGUCAGCUCAUCCAGGGUGUGAUCUCUCUCAUGAACCCGAGCUAUAAUCCCCAGCGCUGGCACCAAUUCCUAAUCUACUGCGGCUACAACAUCGUUGCCUUCCUCGUCAACGCCUUUAUGAACAACCUGAUGCCUUAUGUCACUAAGGGAGCUUUCCUCUGGUCACUAACAGGAUUUGCCGUCAUUUGCAUCACCGCACUUUCAUGUGCUUCGCCAAAUUAUAAUUCCGCAAAGUUCGUCUUCACCGAUUUCAUCAAUCAAACAGGAUGGCCUGAUGGAGUUGCGUGGUUGCUUGGGCUUCUUCAAGGUGGUCUUGGUGUUACUGGCUUUGAUGGUGUCGCCCACAUGAUUGAAGAAAUUCCCAACCCUUCAGUUGAAGGACCCAAGAUUAUGAUUGCUUGCGUCCUUAUCGGUACCUUCACCGGAGCAAUCUUCCUAAUUGUACUGCUCUUUGUGGCUGGCGAUAUCAACAAAAUUAUCGACUCAGCGGCAACCCCGCUCCUUGCAAUCUUGAAGAAUGCCACUUCGAACAAUGCCGGCGCUAUCUGUCUUUUGAUUUUCCCCCUAGUCUGCGCUCUGUUCGCUGCUAUCGCAAUUAUGACCACUAGUAGUCGUAUGAUCUAUGCCUUCGCACGUGAUGGCGGUCUCCCUGCGUCUCCCUUCUUCUCUCGCGUUCACCCCAAGCUGGAUGUCCCCUUGAACUCGCUAUAUCUCAACUUGGCUCUCAUCACUAUCUUCGGGUGUAUCUUCUUGGGCUCAUCCAGUGCUUUCAAUGCUAUUGUCUCGGCCUCGGUGGUGCUGCUAGGUAUCUCAUAUGGAAUGCCAAUUGCAGUGAACUGCUGUCGAGGAAGACGGAUGCUACCCGAGCGCUCAUUCGUCCUGCCGGAAAUCGUUGGCUGGACCGUCAACCUUGUCUCGUUGGCGUACAUUGCCCUGACUACUGUCCUCUUCCUCUUCCCCCUGAGCUGCCUGCCACUGGUAUGGAUUGUAGAUGGACGCAAGAAUUUCGUCGGUCCCCGUAUAUCGGUGGAAGUCUUCAAUGGAGAGGCCGGUGCUCAGCCAGAGCAGCCGAUUCCAGUUGUUGAACAACAUAAGGAUUAA